UCUUUAUCUCUCCCACUCCGAUUUUCUACUCGCUCUGCACUUUCCGCUCUACUCCGAUUUUGAACACCCGUUGCUCUGUCUUUCUCGAUCGCGCUGAUGAUUCUUUAAGACUCGUGUUCAAUUGAAAGAAAUUGGGGGAUUCUCUGUUUGUGGAAAUGGCUAUUGAAAUACGGGAGGUUUACGCUGACAAUCUGGAAGAAGAAUUCAACUCAAUCAGGGAAAUCAUCGACAAUUAUCCCUUGAUCGGCCUCGACACCGAAUUCCCCGGCAUCCCGUUCCCGGCCGAGGAGGCCACCAAAUACAAGAAAUUGAAAAUCAACGUGGAUUCGACGAAGCUAAUUCAGGUGGGGCUAACACUCUCCGACGACAAGGGCGACUUGCCUCCUCACGGCCGCAUCUGGCAGUUCAACUUCUGCGAAUUCAACCCGGCCAAGGACCUCUCCGCGCAGGUCUCGAUCCAGCUCCUGAGCGACAGCGGCAUCGAUUUCGCCCACAACAUGGAGAAGGGCGUUGACGCGGUGAGGUUUGGGGAUCUCCUGAUGUCGUCUGGGGUUGCUGGGAACGGGAAUGUCUCGCUGAUCACGUUCCAGGGCGGCUACGAUCUUGGGUAUUUGCUCAAGAUUUUGAGUGGCAAGAGCCUGCCCGGGUCCGUGGAAGGUUUCUUAAGGUUGUUGAAAGUGUAUUUUCCGGUGAGCUACGAUGUCAAGCAUCUGAUGAAGUGCACCGGGGUGCUCCACGGUGGGCUGACCGGGCUGGCUGACACGCUCGGUUUGGAGAGGGUCGGGGUCGCCCACCAGGCGGGUUCGGAUAGCAGGCUCACCUCGGCUGCAUUUGUCAAGAUUAGGGACAUAUACUUUGAUGGGGAGGUGGAGAAGCAUUGUGGUGUGGUACAUGGUUUAGAGUAGAUUGUGAAGUAUGUGAAGGGAGAAUUACAAAAUAAACAAAAAACAUUUGUACACUA